UAGAUACUCUUUAAAACCGGCAUCCGUUGGAAUUUGCAGGUCCAACACUUCUUCGCCCCAAUCAUCUCCACUCAUGUUCGGGCAACUUUAUCUCGCAUUGUGCGCGCUGCAAGCCGUCGCGCAUGCGUACAGUGUCCCUCCAAAUCUGCAAACCUUCUACAACACCGUUUCAAAGCAGAAGAACUGCACGCACACCCUCAAGAGCGGCUUCGGAAAUGGAGACAACGACUACCCGCUCAACUGGGCGUACUGCGAGCUGGACAAUGUAAUGUACAUCCACUACGGCGGCGGAGGCCUGGGAUCGAUGGCGAUCGAUGUCGACGGCAGACGGCCGAAAGGAGACAACCCGCAGGAUUCGCAAGACGGCACCGCGUUCGAGGAUACCCUGCGCUCCUACAACAUCUCCGGAGUCAAAGAUCUGGACCCGUACAUCCAUCCCUACGUUGUCUUGGGCAACCAAGGCACCAAGAAGGGAUAUCUCACGUUCGAUCCACACGUAUAUGGUGUCCAGCCAUUGAGCGUUGUGGCCGUUGUUUGCAAUGGCAAGCUGUUCUAUGGGGUCUGGGGAGACACCAACGGAGACGACGACUACCCGAAAAACGGCGCAUCGACCGGCGAGGCCUCCCAGGCUCUCGGAACUGCAUGUUUCGGCAAGCAUGUCAGCGCGAACAUCGGCCACGGGAAGCCGGACGUCUUGUACGUGGCUUUCAAGGGCGCCACCGCCGUCCCGGGCGCCAAAGGAGCCGACUGGGCAGCCAAGUCGUACGACGAAUUCGAAGCGAGCAUCAAGCAAUUGGGCGAUAAACUCGUCAGUCAGAUCAGUCUGGGCAGUCCUACCGCCACCGCCACCGUCUGGUCUCCAACCCUGACGGGGACGGCGUUGUCGAGUGCAUUGGCGAAUUGGGAUGGACAGAGUUAUACCCCCCCAAGUUCGAAGAGCACGGCAAUUUCGAAGCACAAGACGGGCAGGCAAUGGUAGACCGCCACUCGAUACUUCUGACACACGGACUGGAUAGAUAGAUGAGCUAUCUGUAAUACGCUCGGCUCUCCCGUGGAGACUCACUACCGUUCUUCAGAGUGUCGACCGCGUUAUGCCAGGCUCAUAGAACUCCCAAAAAACAAAUUCUCACCAUCCACUGGAGUUGCGGAGGGCAUGUUGCUACGGUCGGGUUGACAAGGGGGCAAUAAAAAACUUGUUUCUCUCUUUGUUUGCAUGUGUCAUCCUUAGUGCAGGGGCCAUGCUAAUCUUCUCUGUAUUGUUUCAAAUUGACCAAAUGUCCC